AUGGCGCAAGGGCAAUUGCCAGUCAGGGUUUACCCGGUAGCUGAUCUUCAAUCACUUGGUCUCAAUCCUUCCUCAUUUCGUUUCGGAUUCCUUACCCUUGAAUCAGAAAAGUACAUCUGCAUCAGAGAUGAAGGGCAAGAUGGCUCUGCUCAGGUCGUCGUGGUCGAGCUUCAAAACAACAACAACGUUGUAAGGCGUCCUAUGAAAGCAGAAGCAGCCAUCAUGAAUCCUCAGCAUAAUAUAAUUGCUCUCAAAGCCAAAAACGAAGGCUCAGGCGGACAUUUCGUCCAAGUUUACAAUCUUGAUGUGAAGCAAAAGCUAAAAGUUCAUGAUUUCCCAGAACAAAUCGUCUACUGGCGCUGGCUCACUGCUUCUAAGCUUGCAAUCGUUACCACCAGAACAGUUUAUCAUUGGUCAAUGGAAGGUGCCGAAACCCCAGUCAGAAUUUUCGAUAGGAAUGGUCCAUUAGAAGGAAAUGCCCAAAUUAUCAACUAUACAACUGACCAGUCAGAAUCCUGGUGUCUGCUGACUGCUAUCUCAACCCCAGAUGGAGGAAAAACAAUCAAUGGGCACAUGCAGCUUUAUUUCACUAGUGGCCAGCAACAGCAAAUAUUAGAAGGCCACGCUGGCUGCUUUGGAGAAAUCCCUCUAAAAGACGGUCCAGCAGUCACUUGCUUCUCGUUUGUGGAGAAAAAGGCAACUGAAGCAAUUUCCAGAGUACAUGUGAUGGAAAUCAACAGACCAGCUUCAGGACAGAAAUUCAAAGCCACUAUGGAAUUAUCAUACCCACCAGAAGCUCCUAAUGACUUCCCAGUUGCUAUGCAUUUGUUAUCAAAAUAUGGAGUCAUUGCAAUGAUCACCAAGUUUGGGUACCUUUAUUUAUUCGAAACAGUCAGCGCUAAUUUAAUAUACAGAACAAGACUUUGUGAAGACACCAUCUUUGUCACCUGCAGAAGCUCUAGACAAGAUGCUGUUUUUGGAGUAAACAGAAGAGGACAAGUGUUAGGAAUUGCUAUAGAAGAAGCAAAUUUGGUGCCUUUCAUUAUCAAUGUGUGUAGGCAUAUUGCAGAUGCCCCGUCUAUUAGCUUUACUUUGGCUCAAAGGUUCAAGCUUGCGGGCUGUGAAGAUUUGUUUGUCCAGCAGUUUGGCAGGCUUAUGGCACAAGGAGAUAUUAAAGGAGCUGCAAAAAUGGCUGCAGGCGCACCUGGAAAUUUAUUGAGAAACCAAGAAACUAUUAGCAGAUUGAGGACUCUUCCACAAGUUCCAGGCCAGCCUCAUCCAAUGCUGACUUAUUUCAGCACUCUUUUAGAAAUGGGGAAAUUAAAUAAAUACGAAGCAUUAGAAAUUGCAAGACCUUUGCUUCAACAAGGCAGAAAACAAAUCCUGCAGACUUGGAUUCAACAAGAUAAAAUUGAAUGCAGUGAAGAGCUUGGUGACUUGGUAAGAGAAUUCGACGUUAAUUUGGCAUAUGAAGUCAACACUCGUGUAGGAAACCCUCAAAAAGUUUUAGUUAGCUUAGUUGAAACUGGACAAUACGAUAAAGUUAGAGCAUUCUGUCAAGCGAAUAAUAUUGCUCCUGACUAUACGUCAAUCAUUAGAUCUCUUAUGAUGACUAAUCCAGAAGCUGCUUUAAAUGUAGCUAAACAAGCAGGAAAAAAUGUCGACAUCAAUGCUAUCAGUGACCUGUUUUUGGCUCAGCACAACUUGCAAGGAGCCACUUCUUAUUUGUUAGAAGUUCUUAAAGAGGAUUUACCAGAGCAAGGACACCUCCAGACUAAACUUUUAGAAAUGAACAUUAUCCAAGCUCCUCAGGUGGCUGAAACCAUCUUCCAAACUGACAUGUUCUCCAAUUACGAUAAAAUAAGAAUCGCCCAACUCUGUGAACAAGCAGGUCUUGCCCAGAGAGCUUUAGAGAACUACCGCGAUAUCAACGAUAUUAGAAGAGUCCUCGUGAACUCAGCUGGAAUUAACCAAGAUUUCUUAGUCGCCUUCUUUGGCCAUAUGACUCCAAAUAAUGCUUUACAAUGCUUAUAUGAUAUGAUGAAAAGCAACAGGGCUGCCAACUUACAAAUUGUGGUUCAAACUGCAAUUAAAUACCACGCAGAAGUCACGAUUCCUGCACUAAUUCAAAUGUUUGAAAGCUUUGGAAGCUAUGAUGGGCUUUUCUUCUUUUUAGGCUCCGUUCUGAACUUUACUGAAGAUCCUGAUGUUUAUUUCAAGUAUAUUGAAGCUGCAGCCAAGCUGAACCAAAGCAAAGAAGUGGAAAGAGUUAUCAGAGAAACCAAAUUCUAUGACCCAGUCAAGGUUAAAGACUUCUUAAAGGAUAUCAAAUUGCCAGACCCAAGACCACUUAUUUAUUUGUGCGAUAUACAUGGAUUCGGUGAAGAACUUACUAGGUAUCUGUAUAAGAACGCGUUGACCAAAUAUAUUGACGUCUAUUUGAUUAAGCUGAACCCUAAAGCUGCCCCAGUUGUGCUUGGAACAUUAGCAGAUCUUGACGCUGAUGAAUCAUAUAUAAAACAAAUAUUGAACACCUUAAGAGCAAGCUGUCCUUCACAGCCACUUAUAGAAGAAAUGGAAAAAAGAAACAGACUUAGGAUCAUUCAGUCGUGGCUUGAAGAUAGAGACAGAGAAGGAAACCAAGAGUCAGCAAUCCACACAGCCUUGGCUAAGAUUUAUAUUGACAUCAAUAGAGAUCCUGAAGACUUUUUGAUAAGAAAUCAAUUCUAUGACUCAAAAAUAGUAGGAAAAUACUGCGAAGAAAGAAACGCAGACCUCGCUGUUAAGGCUUAUACAAGAGCUUGGGGAGAAUGUGAUGACGAACUUAUUGAUUUGACAAAUAGAAACUCAAUGUACAGAGCACAAGCCAGAUAUCUUGUAGAAAGAAAGAACUUGGAACUCUGGGCUAAAGUGUUGUCAACUGAAAACCAACAUAGAAGAAGCGUUAUUGACCAAGUCAUUGCAUCAGCUUUGCCUGAUAGCAAAGAUGCUGAAGAAGUCUCUAUCACCGUAAAAUCGUUCCUUAAAGCUGAGCUACAGAAAGAACUUAUGGAGUUGCUUGAAAAAAUUGUCCUUCACAAGUCAGAUUUCUCUAACUCUUACACAUUUAAUGAAGAAACUUUUUUGUGACUACCAAUGAAGUAUAAUAAAAAAAUUUUAAUAAAAAGCAAGUUGGCUUUCCAAAAAAUAUUAAAAAAAUGUUUAUAGAAAAUUUAAAAAAAAAACUAUAUGUUUUUCUUACUAUUAAAUAGGAAGAGUAAGAACAAGAAUCUUCAAAAUAUGCUCCUUGUAACUGCCAUCAAAGCUGAGCCAACUCGUGUAGUUGACUAUAUUAAUAGACUUGACAACUAUGAUGCCCUUGAAAUUGCUCAAUACGCUCUUUCACAACAUGGACUAGCUGAAGAAGCCUUUUUGAUUUAUAGAAAGGCUGGCAUGAACGCAGAAGCUAUUGAAGUGCUUCUCGGGCACAUCGGAAACUUAGAAAGAGCUUCAGAAUUCGCUGAAAGAGUUGCUAGUCCUGAAGUCUGGUCAAGGCUUGGCCGUGCACAAUUAGAUGCUGACAAAGUUGACGACGCAAUUGAAUCCUAUAUUAAAGCAAAGGACGCAAGUAGCUACCAACUCGUGAUCGCUGCUGCAGAAAGAAACCAGUCCUUCGUCAAGCUCAUUAAGUUCUUAAUGCUUGCUAGAAGCCAACAGUUAAACCAAAAAGACCCUAUUAUUGAUACCGAGCUCCUAUUUGCAUUAGCAAAAUGCGACAUGUUAAACGAAUUAGAAGAAUUUAUUUCAAACAGCAACCAAGCUGACGUUGGAAAGGUAGGAGACAGAUGCUUUGAUGAAAAACUCUAUGAAGCUGCCAGAAUUCUAUUUGCCAGCAUCAACAAUUAUGCUAGAUUAGCUAGCUGUUUGGUGAAACUUAAGAGAUUUAUGGAAGCAAUGGAAGCUGCAAAGAGCGCUAAUAACCCUAAAGUCUGGAAAGAAGUGAACUUCGCAUGUGUAGCUAACAAGGAAUUCAAGCUCGCUAUGAUGGCUGGGCUGAAUAUCAUUACUCAUCCAGACCAUUUAGAAGAUAUCAUCAGACAUUAUGAGCACUAUGGAUACCCAGAUGAACUUAUUGCCCUCUUAGAAAGUGGGAUGGCCAGUGAAAGAGCCCACCAAGGCAUCUUCACAGAGCUCGGAAUCUUGUAUGCCAAGUACAGACCAAAGAAACUUAUGGAGCACUGCAAGAACUACUACCAAAGGCUUAAUAUUCCUAAGCUACUCAGAGCUUGUGAAAGAUUCAGAAGGUGGUCAGAAGCUGUUUUCUUAUAUGUCAAAUAUGACGAAUUUGAUAAUGCACUCGUCACAAUGAUUGACCAUUCUCCUAAGGCAUGGACCCACGAAAUCUUCACUGAUGUGAUCCAAAAAGCAUCAAACCAGGACUUGUUCUUCAGGGCCAUGAUUUUCUAUCUCGAAGAGCAGCCUAUGCUUAUUAACGACCUCUUAAGGAACAUUUCAGCCAAAAUUGAUCACGCUAAAGCAGUCCAAGUUUUAAGAAGAGCUGGACAUCUUGCCUUGUGUCUGCCUUGGCUUCAAUCAGUACAGAUGUACAACGUCGCUCAAGUAAAUGACGCAGUGAACGAACUUUUAAUUGAGCAAGAAGACUACGAAACUCUCAGACAGUCCGUAACCAGCUUUGACAGUUUCGAUCAGUUAGGAUUAGCCAAAACCUUAGAACGCCACCCACUUGUAGAAAUGAGAAGAAUUUCUGCUUACUUAUACAGAAUCAACCAAAGAUACCCACAGUCUUUAGCUAUCAGCAAAAAUGACCAAGUCUUUGGAGAUGCCAUGGAAACUGUCCAGGAAAGCAAGUCGCCAGAGCUUGCAGAAGAACUUUUGAAAUACUUCAUAGGGAUCAGGGACAAAGAAGCCUUCUGCGCAUGCACUUAUGUGUGCUAUUCAUUUAUCCCGGCUGAUGUUGUUCUAGAAUUAUCAUGGAGGGCUGGGUACUUUGACUUUGCCAUGCCGUACUUCAUACAGACUAUGAAAGAUAUGAAUAAUAGGAUUACCAAUUUGGAAAAGAAGUCGGUCGCGAAAGAGAAGAAAGAAGAAGAAAAGGCAGAGGCACAGAUGAGGGCACCGCUAGAAGCUAUGGAUGCCAUGCAAAUGGUUAUGCCAGGGCUUGGGUCUGUGCCUGCAAUCAUGCCUAGUAUGCCGAUGACAGGCUUCGGAACAAUGGGAGGAGGGUUCAUGGAUCCAGCAAUGAUGAUGUCGCAGUUUAGAACUCACUUUUAA